CCCCCAUUGACCUUGACAAGGGGAUGGGCGGGAUGUAAAGUGGACAUCGACAGUAGCACUCUGACAGCUCACGAUCUCACAGUCCCGUGCACGGGGAUCUCCAGUACAUCAAGUGCUCCAAGGAGAGAGCAGGCAACAGAAGGAUCGUCAGCCUCUCUUGGUCUGAAGGGCUUUCCAACCAUGGAACACUGCACCACUGUGGCCCUGCUCCUUUUCCCACUCUUGUUCGUGGCUCAAGGCUUGUUCAAGGUAGAAGAUCUUCUUAUCACUGAGCCAUGUAGGAUCAAGGGAAUCACCCUCAUUGGCAAAGGGAAAGGGCCAGAAUUGAAUUUCACUGAAGCCAGAGAUGCCUGCAGCAUGUUAGGUCUCCAGCUGGCCAGUAAAGCUCAAGUGACAACUGCCCGCAUCUCUGGGCUAGAGACAUGCAGUUUCGGGUGGGUCUCUGACAGGCACGUGGUCGUGUCCCGCAUUUUCCCCAAUCCCAAGUGUGGCCGAAACAAAACAGGUGUCGUGGAAUGGUACCAGGCCCUCCACCAAAAGCAGUAUGCGUACUGCUACAACUCCUCAGAUACAUGGAUUAAUUCAUGCAAACCUGAUACCGUCACCACCGAAGAUGCAGUCACUCCACCGACUGUAUCAGCCACAACUGAAUUUAACAUCAGUGACCUAGCUGAUACAGCAACACCAUCUCCAGCCCCACAACCUAACCCAGCUCGGCCAAGAAUGAGCAAAAGAAUAAUCUGUGUGACGGAACUAUAUUUGGAGACAAGCACCGCGGAAAUAAGUACCGUGCCAGAAGAAGUCAUACAAGCUUUUGAAAGUCAAGUUGCAUUUAAGAAUGAAGGUGUUACUUUUGGAGGCCUACCUAUCACGCUCUUGGUUCUCGCUCUGAUAUUCUUCAUUGCUGCAGUUGUACUGGCUGUCUGCUAUGUCAAAAGGUACAUGACCUCCUUUCCACUGACAAACAAGAAUCAGAAGGAAAUGGCUGAAGCCAAAGGAGGAAAAGCAGCAAAGGCAGAGGACAAAGUUUCUAAGGAGGAACCAAAGAAAAAUGGGAAAAAGGCAGAAGAACCCAAAAUGACUCCCAAGAUGACACCCAAAAUGACUGUCAAGUACAUGGAGGCUGAGGUUUAGGUGGGUGAGAGGGACAGCAGACAACACACCUGGGAUCUCUUUACUCUGCUCCAGGAUCCGGAGGCCAUGGAUACUUUGUGACUUACAAAAUCUCCUUGUAUUUCCCCACUGGAAGAACCUGCCAGGCCCAACAGAUGAAGCAGAAAAGCCCACAAUCAAUCCCAAACCAGGGUGUCCUGAAGAUUAGGGAGCUCAUUCAGAUGACUUCCCUAUUCCUUCCUGCCACCUUCCCACUCCUGGGCCCUGGGUCCUGUCGCCCAAUGUCUCCAAAGUGACCCCAGCCUAGACCCAAAGUGACCCCAUCCUAGACCCAAAGUUCCUAUUCCCUAAUAAAAUCCAGGUAAGAGAAAAUGAAUCUGUCCAGCCCCAAUCUCUUGGGAACAUUCCCUGUACAUUUCUGUCAGGAAGACUUUUACUAGCCUGGGAAGAUACUAUCUGUGACCAGAGAGUCCAUCAGGCCCAGGGCUAUCUUCCCUGUUCCCAUAUCAAAGAGCAAGGCUUCCCUCUGGCCCUGUACUGACCUUCUGAACUUAGAUAUCUUAGGCAGGGGGAUGAAGAAGGGCAAGGGAAACAUGGUGAGGGGAGGCCAGUGGACCUCCAUGUAAAGUGGAACGAAAAGAAGGAAAGGAACCCAGACGGGAACAGCACAUCAUCUCAUUGAGUCUUAGGCCUGGAAUCUUUGAGACCCUCUAGGCCAGUAUUGUGUCUUGGGCUCCUUCAGCAGUCUUGUAGGUCCCUUUUCAGAAUCAUGUUUUUAAAUACAUUAAAUAAAUAGGAUUCCAAAGAAGACCAAUGAUAUUAAGAAAGAGAUGCAGUUUUUCACAACCAGAUUCACAGAACCCCCUGAAAUCUAAAACCCCUGAUCUAGUCCAAUUCCCUUAUUUAUAAAUGGGGAAACUGAGGCCCAGAGAGUAGAAGUGACUCACCAUGAUUUUAUAAGUAACUACUUGUGGCAGAAGCAAGAUUUGAAUUCAUGUCCUGUGCCUCUCUAGCUGGUGUUUAUACCACUGUGCCACCCUGGCAAACCAGCUAAAAUAAAUUUCAUUUCUAUAGUAUAUUAAGGUUACAAAAAACUUUUCACCUGCUUUUUUGAACCUGAGCUGGUCAAUAUACUCCUUGGGUGGCCCGGCAGCUCCCAAUUCCCCUAGGUUCUCACCAUAUUGAUUCCCCUACCAUUCUAGCUUAGAGCAUCCCUAAAUUCCUGAGCCAACAUGAUCCUCCAACCUUAGCGUCCCUUGUAGCUAGGACCAUAAGUGAACAUACUUCUCUCGCAACAACCCUAUAAGAGUAGGUGAUGCAAAUAUUGUCUCAUGUGCAUAUUAUAUAGCCAUUUUACAGAUGUGGAAACUGAGGUAUAAAGAGAUUAGGAAUCUUGCUCAGGGUCACUUACCUAGUAAAGCGCCUGAGCCAGGAUUUGAACCCUAGAUCUCGUGACUCAAAGCACUGACUAAACAGUAGGUCUCAAACCCUGAACGGACCAAAGAAAACAUUCUUCCCUGGAGAACUUCAGGAAUGAUCCUUUCUCAGCAUGCGCUCUCUCCCUUUGCUAUUAUUUUAUUUUGGGAACGUAUUGUCCCAUAGCAAUAUUAACAGGAGAUAGACUAAACAACUGUAUCAUGGCCUGGUGUACUGGAAAUCUAUCACCCAGAAGAAAAUGACUGGGCCCAGAAAGCAAUGACUGCAAUGAGCAAUUUCCUCUGUACCAACUCCUGCGCUUUCUGAAGCCCUUCUGAGAUGCGGGUGCUCCCUCCACCAACAGGUCCCAGGCCCAUCCCUUCUUAGGACCUUAGUCAACAGGUCUCAUGAGGUGCGAUGGCCCUGAAAUUCAAAGCCUGACUGGCUCUAUAGGACCUGACAGAAUUUUCACUCCACCUUCAGUAGUUCCCAGUUCCCACCAUGCCACAAUGAGGCAGGAGAGGAAGACCCUAGAAUAUUAUGGAAAUGUACCAAAAGAGAAAGUGAGAGACAGUUUCUGCUCAAUGACCUUGGGCAAGGCCCUUUUUCUCUGAGAGUCCCAGUUUCCUCGUCUGUAAAAUGGGGAUAAUAAUACUUACCUACCUACCUCUUAGGGUUGUUGUGAGUAGAGCUCUUUGUAAAUCAUAAAGCCAGGAGUGUGCUGGUAAAUAUUUAACAACCGGCUCUCAGGGAAGGGGGGGAGAGAUUAUACACACACACACAUGCUUUUGAGUUAAUCUGCAUAGGCAAUCAAUAGAAUAAUAAAUUAAGCCCUGAUUUAUAGUAUUUGCCAAUAUCCUAAAUGUAAAUGCUCACGUUGAAAAUUUAAGAAUUGGCUCUCCGGCACUGGUAUGUUGAGGGGGCUCCAUCCCACCCCUGCUUAAAGCUGUAUGUAAAAAGCGAGCUAUCAAACCCAUUUGUAAGAUAUGGGCAUUCCAAUGAAAUCAUGUCUAAUGUUCCUCUAUACCCUGAAAAUUCUUGGAUCUGAUUUUGUCAGACACUACUUUCUGGAAAACCUUGAAUGAGACCUAGCUCUACUUCUAAUCCUCUGUUAAACCUUAGGCAAGUCAUGGUCCCCUCUUUGCCUCCAUUUCUCACUUGAAAAGUGAGUGAACGUGGAGUAGUGGAUCCAGUAUUAGACUUUGAGCCAGGACUAUCUGGGUUCAUAUCCUGCCUCAGACAUUUACCAGCUGUAUGACUCUUGGCAAAUCAUUAACCUCUCUGUGCCUCAGUUUACUAAUCCGUAAAAUAAUGGGGUUGGAUUUAAUGGCCUCCAAGUUCCCUUCUGGCUCUACAUCUAUGAUACUACGACUCCGUGAAAAGAUCUCUCAGUUCUAAUGUACUACGAUUCUGAUGUAUGUUUCUUUGUUUUCAUUGUGAGUUCCUAUAGCUAUUCUGCUUACUAAACUAUGGUAUUUUAUGCUGGGACUAACAUAUUCUUCAAUGAAGUAUUUUUCAACUGUAGUUGUAAUCAUAACCUUUAUUUAUUAUAAGUGUAUUCAAGGAAAAGCCCUGUAAGCCAUGGGGCCUGUUAGUACCAUUGACUAAUGUGCCACAAUUGGUCUUUCUUUCCAGUAAAGAAAGAACCUAGCAUGUCCAAAUGUGUUCUGAGGAAAUAAAAUCAUUUAAAACAC